AUGAGCCUCCACUUGGAGAACAAAGACAUUGAUGCGAGGGCAGCGCGCGUUGCAGCUCACCAGGCAGCGUACAAUGGCCCGGUGCUGAAACGUGAAGUUGCAGACAAGGGAAUGGGCAAUAUCCCGUUGCACAAAGACAAGCGCCACUGGGGUUGCCAGACUUUCUGGAAGACUGAUUUUGGGAGUGAGUCUGCGGAGCGGAAAGCUGUAAGCGGAGCGGCGCUGGCGGGCUACAACGUUCCUGAUGAAGAUGGUGAUGAGGCGCAGAUUGGGCAGGCGUCAGAGGAGGAGGUUCUGUUGCAGGGAGACGUGGACAAGCUGAGCGCAAAUCAGAAACGCGUCUUGUUAUGCCUCCAGGAGGCGCGUCAGCAUUCGCGGUUGAAGCUCAAGCAAAUCUCUUUGAGUUUCAGUGGGGCGUCCGUGUUCUUCUUCUCACCCAGCCGGAAGGACGGCAGACCCAUGCCGUCAUCAGUGCUCAAGUUUGAUAACGCGGCGAACGUGAAGGAGGAAAUUGAUUUGACGCAGCAGUACGGGAAGCUGUUUGGCUUGACAACUCCGAAGGUGAAGGAUUCUCAGUUUCUUGAAGGUGCCCCCGAAGACGAACCGUGCGCUGUGAUGCAGAUCGAUCUUUGCGGUGGUGUGUUCGGUCUUCCCGAGUUCGCUUCUGCCCCACCCGUGCUCACCUUUGCGUCCGUCAUCCAGGGCGAAUUGAAUUCUGGAGCGCGCCAGGUUGACGUGGUGCCCAUCGUCAACGAGGCUCUCUCACGGCGUAUGUUCGAUUUCACAAUGUCCACGCGAUCAGUGAGGAAGGAGAACUUGGCCAAGAUGUACAAGAUUGUCCGCUUCGUCGGCCACGGCAUCCUCAAUCGUGCUGCGGAGGGGGCGAAACGCAGCAAGAAAAAUCCUGCCCUGGGUGCUGGUUUCUUGAGUCCGCCCAGCAUCGAUGACUUAGACCCUGAAGGUAAGUUCGUCAACGAGUUAUGCGGCAAGCGUUCUACGAUGAAUCAGUUCUUCCACGAGUUCGUGGGACACGAACAGCUCUUCACCAGCAAGUUUGAACGAAACGUGGUGUGUGGCCUGGCGCAUAAAGACCUUCACGGCGGGAACUUGUUGCUUGACUCACAGGGGUUGGUCUGGUUGAUCGAUUUCGCCACAGUGAAGGACAACGUCCACGUGCUCAUGGAUCUCUCGAAGUUCCUGGCGUCCUGCCUCUUCCUGUACUUGGAGGACAACGUCGACGAGUCAAUCAUCCAGACGUUUGCGAAGGUUCUGUUCACAACCCCCGAUUGUGAAACUGUGCUGCCUUUGGUGGCAGGGGAGCAGCUCAAGAGAGAUCCGACGGCCACUUUUGUGCUUCAGCUACUGACGCGCAUCAGGUAUUGUCUCUGCAUCUACGAGCUUGAGGACGAGAUCCCGGACAACGACGGGGUCCCGUUUGCCGUGGCGUUUUUCUCGUGGUCGGCUCGGAUGUUGUCUUACAGUGAGCCCAACAUUCACCAAAAGGCACGCGCGUCUUUCUUUGCACUCGCUGGCGCCCAGCGUCUGAUGUGGGAAGCUGGCGUGGACGUCGGACCGACAGCGCUAGAGUGGAUCGAGCAGUACCGCGUUUUCUGGGAGGGCCAGAAGGGCCGCCGAUUGAGCACCAGCGCGGCAACCGUGCACAUUGCAUCUUUCGAGUUCGAGUCGAACUUCCCUAUGUAUAUCGGAGAUCGGGACUGCGGAGGCGUGGUCUACCGAUUUCCUCACGCGCGAGAAGGUCCACGUGGCCGACCAUUGCAUCAAGGUAGACGUGAAGUUCAGCACGCGCCUCUUCCCGCGCCUCUUGCAGCUGCCGAGCAGCGUGGGGGCCGUCUGUGA